AAUUCUUCUCCAACAUCGACACUCUUCAGGCUGGGGGGCUUUUCUCGCUUUGGGUGGCAUCCGGGACGUCUCCGUGGUCUACCAGCCGUGCUGCGUGGCCAUUGUGAAGCAGCGAUGGCUCAUCUUCCCGUUGCCCCAGAUCUUUCUCCGUCGCCGCUGUGUCCUAACGUUGAGCAUUCAUAGGAGGCGCGUGUGGCUUUCGGUUAGCGCGCAACAGAAACUUGUAGUGUCGCAGACACGCUGACUUGGAGCAGCUCAAGAAGUUCUUCCAGCUGGUCAAGGGGUCCUCGCUUGAAACUUUAGCAUUCAGUCCCUCAUCCAACUGGUGUGCGUGGUCAGGGACGCACAGUCCUGACACCCCCAACCGGAGAGGAACGGGGGAACACCAAGUUGACCUCUGCCAGGCGGCCGAGGAAAUUGUGUCGAAAAUUGACAGCUCAGCCGAAAUCUAGCAGUCGUCACACAAAAAAAAAACCAAAUAUUAAAUAAAUAAAAUAAACACAUAAAAUUGUGGAAACCUAAAAAAUGGAUAGCCGCAAACUUAUUUCACAACCGACCAUGUCGCUAUCGUCGCGCCACCAAUUAUGGAUGCAGUCUUACCUGGCGGGAAAAGAACGGAAGCUUAAUGACUCGACAACUAAAAACGUUCAUCCCAAAUCCUUGUCCAUCGUACAAUUCGACAGGAAGCAAUACUCGUCCAAUGCCUUGGAGAGGGACACCAGGAAGGUGAUAACCAGCGUCGUCGAUGAUAUAAUCGAACAGAAGCAGGGCUUCAUUAAGCUCUCCGACUCAGAGUGCUCCCUGGAAGACGACCUGCAGGACUCGCUGAGCAUGGACCACCGGCUCAAGCACUGGUACAACACGUUGAAGGAUCGCGCCACUGUCCAAGCCAAGAUCGCCCGCCAGGUGGGUCGUCGGCCUGAUGAGAUGUUAAUCAACCUACCGUCUACAGUGGGGCCGCGUGACCGGGGCGCCGUGGAGCGUCUGCUGGACCUGGCCGGUCGCAUGAAUCCCACGGUCCUGGCCCAGAGGCAGCCAGCCGUUCUGCCAGCGCAGCCCGUCUGCGUCGAGAAACAGUACAAGUGUCUGCCCGAUCUCCAGGAGACUCUGCCUCUCGCCGAGCGGCGUGGAACGGUGGAAGUGGAGGUCAGCGGAUUGACGCAUGCCACCAAGAACGAGAUCAUGGGCCGGCCGCUGCAGGCACCGGAAAACCGAGCCCAGUGGCUCCAGUCCGAGGUGCUGGGCGACCGGAUAGAGCAGCAGAGCGACAACAUCAAGCGCGUGCUGGAGUUCUAUCCGGAAGUCGACAGCCUGGAGGUGGUGAGCGCCAGCAUGCAAAAAGAGACACUCAAAGGCUCUUCCACGAGCCUUAAGCCGAUCGAGCGAGUUUCCGCCGCUUCCAUGGUCUCUAUAAGCAACACUACCACAGAAGAGACGGAGCAGGAGGAUCAGGAAAAGGAUCUAGUUGUGGAUGUGCCGGCUGUCCCGGAUCGGGAUCUAGAACCGGACCCGGAGCUGACAGGCGCCGCCGUUAGAAUUAACGGGGUGCUUUUUCAGGCAGGCAUGCGAUGCGCCUCGACCGAUGUGGGACACUUCUAUUUCGAGUGCCACCCGUACCAGAACGUGGUGCAGGAGGUGAUGGUCUUAGAGAAUGUGGGCUGCCAGAUGCUCACCUGCCAGUGGGCCGCCUCCGAGUCAUCCCGGCGCGGACCUAAGUCCCUGCCCAUGACAACGGACUAUUUCCUGAUUCCACGCUCAUUGUUCGUCGUCUUCCCCGGCGAGAAGCACGUCUGCCGCGCGCUCUUCCGGCCGCGGGACUGCGUCCAGCUCAAGAUGCGCCUUGAGAUCCUCAUCUAUCCCAACGUUCUAGGCUUCUCACGUAGCCACAUCAUGGUCCAGCUGACGGGCAAGUGUGUCCCGUCGCCCGAGUACACGGGCCAGCUGCGGCGUCAGCUGAAGUUGGUGCUGGACAAGUCGAAGCAGCGGUUCACCAAAGACUUGGCUCAGCAACAUGCCUCGCUGGUGCCUCUGCUACAGCCGCACGAGGUGGUGUGUCCCUACGAGCGCGUCUUUGACGAACGUGAGGUGUUCAACAGCGAGAACCCGGGCUACCACUGCGAUAGGUUCGACGAUCUGGAGGCCCUAAAGGCCCUGUACCAAGAGCUGAAGAAACCUCGGGAGCCUGCAUGGGACCUGCGGCUGCAAACGAUCCUUACGCUGAUCCUGCGACAGCCAAAGACCGAGCAAAGGCGGCACCACUACGCAAGGUUUGUCGAGAUCAAGGAGUCCAUGAAGCCAGGCGUCAAUACUAGACGUGCCAUUCGGUUCGGCAGUAACGAGGAGCGGGACCGCUCCAGGUUCAUCUACGUGCGGGGUUGCAUUGGCAACGGCAUCCAGGAUUGGGAAGACAUGAUGGCCUCGCUGGAGCUGAGCGCCCUGAAGUCGGAGGUGACCCGAUAUCAGGCAAAGCAGCGCGACCUGGAAAAGAAACAUGGAGACGACGAUGAUGAAGACUCCGAACCGAAGCCCUGGAUGCGACAGCUGAGGCAGGAGAACGAGACUCUGUACCUGCUCAAGAAGCUGCGAUCCCGGAAGCCCUACAGGGACUCGCUCUACAUGCAAACCUACUCGCAUCUUUGUGACAUGGCCGAGGACGUAGUCUCCAUUAUCGAGAGCACCCAGUACGUCUGAGUCUGGAGCUGGUUUGCAGCUCUACACAGAGCCCAGUCCAAAUUCGAUGUAAAAAAGCAAAUACAGAGAAAAGAAUCUA